GCAGAGACCAAAAUGAGCAGGUAAUGACAGGAGUAUCCUUCCUCGAAUGAUUGAAAGUCUCGUCGUCAUUAGGCAACAACUUUUUUAGUUUUAUUGCUCAUAAUCAGUAAAACAUACAAUCGUUGACUUGAAUCUUUCAUUAGGAUGCACGCGAUAAUGUGACCGGCAUGUGUCAUGCAUUAUUGCAGAUAAGAAUUUUUAAAUGCAAAUUUUUAAUAUACGCGAUAACUGUUCAAAGAAAACCGCGUAAGAAGGAUCUUAUCUUAAAAUCAGUUUAUCAUGAGAAAGCAAUUGAAUUCAUUGCGCGUGUCAUCAUCGGAAAAUAUUUUUGAUAAGCUUAUCAUGUUGUUUAUUAGAGAUAAUUAUUAUACACGCCUACACAGAGAACACGGAGUAUCAAUAUUCGACAUUUUACGCGUGAAUUAUAUAAUUAGUGGCUAUUAUUUCAGGCUGCCUUCAAAGUUAUUUACUUUUGAUGACCGCGCACAUGUAUCGCUAAUUAAAAUGAUAAGAGAAAAAUAUUGAUCUUCCGAGCAGCUCAAGGAUAACCGGGCGACACCGCGAAACGACUUUCACUUAUCUGUCGUAUUUUAGAACGAAAAAAAAAGCAUAAAUAAAACUUUCACGAGAUUCUACGUUACGUGACUUCACUUUCGGUUAAGCAUCAACUUAUAAGACUGCUGUCGCUUAUAUAGUAAGAAUAUAUAUACGUUUCUUUACGAGAGAAUUAUGUUUAUGAAAUAUGUAGAAGGAAUUGAUGCGAAAGUUGAUAUUGUAAAAUUUAGAGUGUAUCAUAUCUUCCUUCAGGUAGACUAUUUUUGAAAUGAUAGCAACGAGUAUCGAUCGAGACAGAUGUCAACCCAAAAACAACAAAGUCUUUAUGCUUUGCUGUACCGCAAACUCAUAGAAAAUCGAAAGAAUUAUUCCAUAAAUAUUAUAAAGAUUAUAAAUAAUAUGAGAAAGAUAUAUGAUGAAAAAAAGAUUACACGAGCGCGUGCAAAAACAUAAAAUUCUAAAACAAACAUAUAAAAACAAGAAGUGACAAAUGGUCAUUUUUGCUGCUGCUUUAAAAAGGAUAUAAUAGGUCUACUGUAUACCAUUAAGAUCGAGCCUUAUACAAGUAGCACGUGCGGCAUGUCAGUUGGUGUAAGGUGUAAACGAGUGCGUUGCCGAUGGCAAGGCUCUGCGACAACGACGACACUUAUCAAAAUGCGUGUAACAGGAUUCAUUCACACGGGUGUAACAGGAGACGAAAUAAGUUGUCAGCAAUUUUUCGCUGACGCAUCGGUGGUGAGAAACGACUCUGCCUAUCGAGUCCUGGUGUACUUCGCAAAUAAAUCGGAUAAAAUGUACGAUAGUCAAGAACACUCAGAACAUCAAAUAGUCGAUGUUCCAAUCCAUUCACCAUGUCACACCGUGUUGGUGGAUUCGGAAAACACAGGCGAAACACUAAACAGAUGUGAGAUAAAAUCGGACAAAUGCUGCCUAAGAUCACGUGGAAAGGAAUGCAUUGCUGUUUUUGUAAUAAUCUCUGUGGUGCUGAUGGUGACUUUGUUGAGGCUCGCGUUUGUUUUUUUCAUGAAUAAUACUUUCGAUCUUCAUCGGGAAUCAAGCGUGGAUCAGCUGAUCAGCGAGCUUGAAAGAGAGUUCAUUGAAAAUCCACUUUUCAGCGAUCAGAUGAAUCUCACGAAUCAGAUAACGCAAGCAAAAGACGACGCGCUUUCUUACAUAUAUAACAUUGUCGCGAACGAAGGUGACACGCGUUUCAAACGAGAGAUAUCACGCACGAGGAGAGACUGCGAAAUGAGCGCUGAGCACUGCGGGAUGUUGUUGAAAACGAUGGAAAGCUAUCUCAAGAAUCUCAAGAAUAAUGUGCAAAGCAACGGAUAUCCCGUGUCCGUAUCGGACAUGUUAAAGUGUCUGAAAUGCAAGACGCAGUUGACUGACGCGAAUAAAUUCAACGAGGACCCUACGCCGCUAUCGCGAGAUCAAUAUUUCUCUCAUGACUACGUUGAACAAAAUCGCUCGAGCGAUUCCAACAUCACCGCCAUCAAAUUGCUGGAUAACGAAGAGGCCAAACGAGCGGAAGUCAAUGGAACGGAAAUGGCGAAAGUUCAAAGGACGGUGACGGAAUCGCUUAUAAACGAUGUAUCGCAGGAUUCUGCGAAUCAAUCAUCGAAAAACAUCGAUAUAUCAAAAACCUCCACUACAUCAAUUGAUCCUACAAAUUACAAUGGCAGUCAGGUAGAUACAAAUACCUCUGACAUUAAUAUCAACUCGACGACGAGUAUAAACGACGAACACCCGGACGAUAAUCUAAUCACAAUCGACUCGCGUACGAUGAGAAUCCAAAUCGAUGAAAGCAGUUCUUCCGCUAUACCAAACGCCGAUCAACAAACUGAAAGCGAAGGUACAAGUGAAACCGUUACGCUGCAGUUUGAUACGACGGAGUCGAGUAGCACGACACAAUAUACUAUUACGGAAGACGAUGCAAGAUACAAAGGAACUACAAAUUAUUCGGUAGGAUCAACUGAAACGAAUACGCGGUAUACCAUCGAUCUCAUAAAACAAUUUACGAUUGCUGAAAGCGUGACGAGUAUGCCAGCAGGAUACGACGUGACCGGAAUCGACAGCGAUGAUGACAGCACGGGGCAUCCUUCGGUGCAACCUUCGUUCGAGGGACACCCGGAAAAUCAAUCAGCUACAACGAUAAACGUUUCAGAAUCGACGGAGAAUCACAGUGUUUUCGAUGAAUUCACAUCGGAUGAUCAUUCUGAAGAGAAAAGCGAGUCCAUCCAAGCAACUUCCGAGAGCACGGAAUCCUUCCAGCAUGUGCAAAUGUUGCCCACAAUGUUACAUCCCGUCUGUAUCUAUGAUUAUUCAGCUAGCCAGUCUUCCAAUAUGCCGUCCUCUUAUCCAGAAUCGUCCAAUCCUUCCAUCACGCCAAAUCGUGAGUUUCCAUUCCAAAAAUCGCCUUAUCGUGGUUUUCCGUCGUCGAAUUACAUGCAAUUGCAGGCGAAUACGAUGCAAUUUAUACCGGGAUUUAGUUAUGCCGGCAAUCUGCCGCAAGCUCAAUCGGCGGAACAAGGAAUGAGAUCCGCCACAUCAAACGUAUCGCCAAUCUCGCUUAAUCAACAACCGAAGACGCCAUACUUUUGCGGCUACAUGUCAUUGCCGAUUCUGCACUUUUCGUCAAUCUCCGACACGUUGCAAUCUGAUCGCUCCUCUGUUGACAAAAAGGAUUCUCCGCCGGGAGAACCCCGAAAGCUUUUUCAGAAGGACGGGACUAUCGUAUCGCAGGACUAUUCAGCAUAUAAGUGUCCCCAAAAUUAUUAUCAGUGCGAUAAUCUAUUCUGCAUUCCGGAGACAAAUAGGUGCGACGGCCGUGCUAAUUGCUUUGAUGUCAGCGACGAGAUGAACUGCUCCUGUAGGGAUCGGAUAUUACAAGAUCAAAUUUGUGACGGUUAUUUUGAUUGCCCACAUGGAGAAGACGAGCUUGGCUGUUUCGAUUGCCCGGCAGACUCUUUUAGUUGUAAUUACGACUCGUACAAUCCUCUGCGGCUUAAUUGUGUACCACUUUCACAACGUUGCGACGGUAUUAAACAAUGUCCUGACGGAAAAGAUGAGCUAGACUGCACUAUACUUUCGGAAUCAUACAUAAGUCCAAAAGAUAUAUCUACUGUUGGUUAUGCUCAAGGAUAUUUGCAUAAAAACGUACAAGGACAAUGGUAUCCCGUUUGUUCGGUCACAUCUUCCUGGGCGAUUGAUGCUUGCUUUUCGGAAAUUGGUCAACCGCUAACAGCAAUGCCGGAUAUACAAAUCGUACGCGUGCCUGAAAAUGUCUUUCGAGAUCCUUACGUAAAAGAAAUCGACGGCCAGAUAAAAUUGACAUCGUGUUCGGGUACAGCAAUAUUCGUGAAAUGUCCGCUGUUACCGUGCGGCAUAAAAACUAUUCCGUAUCAGGAUUCCUUCCGUACUGUCGACGCAAUGAGAAACGAUUAUGUAUACAAAAAACAAGCGAAGGAACAACACGUUUUGUAUAAGUUCAAUAAGCUUUAUCAGGAAACGUUGGGGCUAUUAGAUGCAAAACAUUCAGCGUUCGAGAAGAAAGAGCAAGAUGAAAACGACACUCUCGUCGGAGCGCAAUCGCGAGUAGUCGGCGGUCGAGCUAGUCAGCCCAAAGCCUGGCCAUUCCUCGUUGCUAUUUACAAAGACGGUCGGUUCCAUUGCGGUGGCGUUAUUCUCAGUGAAAUCCACGUACUCACCGCGAGUCAUUGCAUGGAAGGAUACGAAAAACACUAUUACGAAAUACAAGCCGGCACGUUCAGACGAUUUUCAUUUUCACCGACAACUCAAUCGAGGAAAGCGAGAUUUGUGAUCACUCAUCCUGAUUACGAAAGUGAAAAUAUGCAAAACGAUAUAUCGAUUAUUAUGCUGGACAAACCAUUCCUUUUCAAUCGAUGGAUUCGUCAGGCUUGCUUACCGUCUCCAAGUAUUCUGGGUACUGAAUGGAAUAAGGAACCAUCACCACUAUCUAUGUGCAUUGCUAUUGGAUGGGGAGCCUUAAGAGAAGAUGGACCAAAUUCGGAUUAUUUGCGAGAAGUGGAAGUACCAAUUUUGCCAGGAUGCACGCAUCUACCGGAUCAAAACAACGCCACGAUUUGCGCAGGAUAUCCUGAUGGUGGUCAGGAUACUUGUCAGGGUGACAGUGGUGGUCCUUUGAUGUGCAGAAAUCGAAAUUUUGGCUCGCAAUGGUAUGUGGCGGGCCUAGUCAGUCAUGGUGAGGGAUGCGCACGUCCGAACGAGCCUGGUGUUUACAUGAAAAUAAGUUACUUCUUGGACUGGAUUCAGCAAACGUCUAAUAUGUUAAUAAAUAAUUUUACGGAGCCCUUUGGCAAAGAUAAAAGACCUUUGGCCAAUUGUCCAACAUUUAGCUGCGACGACGGAAGAUGUUUGCCGAUAGAACAACGUUGCAAUCGAAUUAUAAAUUGUUUGAACGGAGAAGAUGAGAUUCAAUGUUAUCCGUUCGAGGACUUGUUUGAGAUAUCGCCUCCAAAUAAUGGCAUGUACAGACAAUCCGAUUCCAAUAAAGAAAUCGUGAAAUCACGAGCAGAUGAAACAUCCGGCGAUAAUACGAAAAAUCAAAUAACCACGGAAGCAAUUCCCAUCUUUACUUCUUACCGUUUCUUCUACAAAACGCAGACUGAUAUUGACGAAGAUUCUAAUACAUCGAAUGUCUCUGCAAUUACUCCUAAAACAACAAUUACUCCUGAAACAACAAUUACUCCUAAAGCAACAAUUACUCCUAAAACGUUCACGUGCAAAAGAUUGAUUCAAACUAUAACGAUCGAUAAGAGAUGCGAUAGGCACUCUGAUUGCGAGGACGCCACCGAUGAAGAGGACUGCAUGUGCCGAGAUUAUUUGUCGAAUCUACACCCAACGGCAAUUUGCGACGGACGUGUGGAUUGCGCCGAUGAAACGGACGAAGAAGAUUGCGAUAUAUGCGGAGACGACGAGUAUUACUGCAGCAGGAGCGAAGGGUGCAUCCCGAUAAUGAAAAGAUGCGAUGGCAAUUUUGAUUGCCCUCUGAGCGAGGACGAACUCGAUUGCCUUGCACUGACCGAUGGAGAAUACGUGAACGUAGACAGCGAUGAUCAGACAGUUUUAAACAUAGAGGGUUUAUUCAGUAGACAUUACAAUGGAGCGUGGCAUGUACAGUGUCUUGAAGCAGAAAUGCUGGAUAAUAAUACUGUAACAUCGAUACUCGGACGCAACCUAUGCGAAUAUCUUGGGUUUGCAAAUGUGCAAUCAAUGCGUAAAGUCGUCGCAAACAAGACGAUGUUGGAAACGAAAUUCUGGCGAAGGUGGGAUAACAUUACAAGUUACGAAUCUUCGCCGUCGAGCGAGGAAGACGAGAUCUGUAUGACGUUACGGAUUCGCUGCAGACAGGUUUUAAGCAGUAGCGCCGACACGCACCUGAUCGUCGAUCCAAGAACCGGAAAUUAUACCUACCUGUGGCCAUGGCUGGCCGCUAUCUUCGUUGAUGGCCGUUAUCGCUGCUCGGCUUUACUCUUGGAACCAGACUGGCUUCUGUCCAGUUCGAGCUGCACGAAAGAUAUAAAAUUAUCGGUGAAUUAUACGACAGCCCUGCUUGGACGAAGCCGCUCGUAUCUCUAUGUCGACGGACCUCAUCAACAGAUCUCGGUCAUUGACGAAAUCAGGGACGUGAAAACAUCGGAGGUCUCGUUGCUCCAUUUGAAAACUGCAGUAAAUCUUACGCGUCAUGUCCGGCCAUUAUUUCUAGAAAAGAAAAUCUAUCCGCCAGCGAGCAACGAUUUAUGCGUUGCUGUCGGCACAAACAAGGAACACGUGACACAAUUAAUCUUUUUACAACCGGUCCUUCAAAAUUGCGACAAUUGUUACCGCUGUUUCGUUAAAACUUCAAACUUCGAAUGUCCGGUCAAUGAUACUUCGUCAAAUUGGAGCGGAACGGUGUUCUGUCGCAGCGAGAAGGGAUGGUAUCCCGCGGCGGUAUUUCACGAAAUCGACGACUUGUGCAGCUUCCGAAGCAUACGAAAUUUGACAAGCAUCGAUUACAUCCACGCUUUUCUCAUCCAUGCUUUGGAGACAAAGCCGGAACCAACACCUGAACCGGUGUGCGACGGAGUUCGAUGCAACAUCGGACAGUGCGUUCCUUGGAGUCAGGUAUGCGAUGAUGUAGGUGAUUGUCGAGAUGAUUCGGAUGAGAAAGACGAAAUGUGCAUGCGUAAAGUGCAACAGACUAGUAGUAGUGACAAAUCUAAAAACUGUGCUAAAUCGGAAUUGCGGUGCAAGAAUGGCGAGUGCGUCUCGAAAAGCGCGUUCUGCGAUGCUAAAGUAGACUGCUCAGAUGGAACGGACGAACCCGUAACAUGUACAUGCGCGGAAUAUUUAAGACUAACAAUACCGGAACGGCUGUGCGACGGUGUGCGACAUUGUCUCGAUAAAAGCGACGAGUCGCCAGAAAUGUGUCAAUGCACCCAAACUAGCUUCAAAUGCAACGCAGUAAACAACAAUGUUACGUGCAUCUCACAAGAUUUCGUAUGCGAUGGUGACAAAGAUUGUCCGAAUGGCGAAGAUGAAAUGAAAUGCGUAAAGAUUGAAAAAUCGACGAAUAAUAUUAGACCUGACACAGGAGAAGUGAUGCAACGAUCCUACGGCGUAUGGCAUUCUCAAUGUUUUUCGUUACCAGUAACAUCGCAGGAAGAAGCGAAGAUUAUCUGCCAAAAGAAUGGCUACACAAACGGAAGUAUCGAUUCUGAAAAUCAAACUUUGAGCGAGCCUGUCAUUCCGUCUCGCGAUGAUUUCUAUAUGAUACGAUUAAAUUCGUACACGUGGAUAACAAUGCGCGACGAUAAACCGCUUAUAACUUUGGUCCCACCGAAAGAAUCUUGCUAUCGUCUUUUCGUCGCAUGUAAUUGAAAAUUAAGGUAAUCUUGUUAGAAUAUUUUCCACAUCCUGAUUAUGGUAUAUGUAUGAUGACUGGAGGAAGAUAACAUAUUUUUUUAAUUUAAAAAAAUAAUGUAGGAAACAUAAAACAUGACAUAAACAUAGAACAUGAUCCAAUUUCAUACAUCUUUAAUUUAUUUAGUUAAUGAGAUUACAAGUAAAAUAAACGAGUCAUAUUAAAAAAGAUUUUUUAAAUUAAAUAAAUAGAUU